GGAAGUUGUUGGAAUGCGAGCAGCGUGUAAUCUUUUUGCUCCUUGCUCGAAAUGUGCACUCAACAGUUAUUACUACCAUCCGGUACGGAGUUCUGAAGGAUGGGUACAGUGGUGACAUUUGACGUCAUGAGUGACCAGAGUAUGAGGCGGACGCUGGUGUGGAUUCUAAUAUCAUGUCUGGUGGUAGAAGCGUUCGGGACCGCUGACAUCAUGAAGGACGUGACGCUGGGAUUCGGGGAAGCGUUGCAGCAUUGUAGAGAAGAGAGCCAACUAACAGAAGAAAAGAUGGAAGAAUUCUUCCAUUUCUGGCGAGAGGACUUCAAAUUCGAGGACCGGGAGGUGGGUUGCGCCAUCAAGUGCAUGAGCGGAUACUUCAAUCUGCUCACUGACUCUCAUCGGAUGCAUCACGACAAUACUGACAAAUUUAUCAAAUCUUUUCCUAAUGGUGAGGUGCUAUCCAAGCAGAUGGUGGAAAUGAUCCACACUUGCGAGAAGAAAUUCGACGACGUUGAGGACCACUGCUGGCGGAUCCUCCGCGUGGCGGAGUGCUUCAAGCACUCCUGCGUCGAGCGGAACAUCGCGCCCACCAUGGAACUGCUCAUGGCCGAGUUUAUUAUGGAAGCUGAAACAUAAUCACAAUAUAAUCUAAUCAGCAUAUUAUAUACGUUGUUUUGUAUAGGUUUAGUUUAGUG